AUGGCACUUUUCCUCGUUCUUGCAGCAUUCGCCACUGUCGCUCGGGGACAGGACAAUGUGGCAAAGGUCGACCUCAGCAACAGCUCGGGCUCCCCCCACCAUCUGGCAUCUGGCUUCAUCUACGGCUUGCCCGAUACGCCCAAUCAGAUCCCAGAUCACUUCUACACGGACAUCGACUUUGGAUACGGCCGUGCGGGGGGUGCUCAACUGGCCGCUCCCGCUCGGGGGUGGAUCUGGGGUGUCGAAGAGUAUCGGGGUCGUCUGGCCUCGACGUUGUCCAACUACAACACCUGUCGAAAGUACGGGGCGAACUUCAUCCUGCUGCCCCAUGAUGUUUGGGGUACGGAUCAUGCCAACUCGAGCACCGUCUGGCCCGGCGACCGCGGCGACUGGACUGACUACGACACCUUUGUGAAGCAGUUGCUGGCCGACUUGAAGGCGAACAAUGCCCUAAACGGGCUGGUGUGGGACAUCUGGAAUGAGCCCGAUCUGACCUUCUUCUGGGAGCGUUCGCAGGCUCAGUGGGUGGAGCUCUACGUGCGCACGCACAAGAUCAUCCGAGCUGACCCGUCCUACUCUUCCGUGCUGAUAUCGGGCCCAACGCUCGCGAACCUGCCCAUGGCUAACAACACCUGGUGGACAUCUUGGUGUGAGGCUGUCAAAGGCAACGACACUAUCCCCGACCAAUACGUGUACCAUCUUGAGGGCGGUGCUCACUCACCGGGCGAAGAUCUUGCCUACACCAACCAAUCUCUCGCAUCUCUGUUGAGCCAGUACGGGCUGCCCGAUCGCCAGGUCAACAUCAACGAGUACGCGACGGCCCCCGAACAGCGUCCCGCCGGCGCGGCGUGGUGGAUCUCCCGGCUCGAACGAUACAACGCCAUCGGCCUGCGCGGGAACUGGCUCAGCGGUCUGGAGUUGCACGACUUGAUGGCCAACCUGCUCUCCAAGUACGACGACCCGGCGAACUACACCGCCACCGACUACACCUCGGCCGCCGAGUUCCAGGUCUACAAGUACUACGCGACCAACAUGACGGGGAGCCGUGUCGCGACCGAGGGCAGCGCCGACGCCCUCUUCGACGUGUACGCCACCGUCGAUGCCGGCACGGGCACCGCGCGGGUCUUGGCCGGCUCGCGGGUCACCGCCGGCAGCUGGAACAUCACCGUCGCCGGCCUGGUGGGGAGCCCCGCGAGCCUGGAAAACAAGAAGAAGACGGUGCACCGGAUCGCCUUCCCCGGCACGUCGCAGUGGACCAUCAUGGAGGCGCCCCUGGACCUGGGAGAUCUGGAGGUGUCGGUGUCCGAUGACGGGCUGCUGGUUCUGCCCGUGACCACCGACAACACCACCGCGUGGGCGUUUGAGUUUAGUAUCUCGUAA